AUGAGCAUAUGUCGGAGCCCGACUUGCGUGAUGGUAUCUCCUAACUGCGCGAGCACCAUUUUCGCUGAUCUCCGGGUUCCGAUGAGUUUUCUUGUUCGGUCGCCGAAGGAGAGAGGGGCACGGGCGUUGCCAUAUACAGUCUGGUGCUUUGGAGAAGAGAGAAAAAGAGAGAGGGAAGAGGAUGAGAGCGAGAGAGAUGGUGAGCUCUCAACCGAGUCGAGACCGCAUAGCUCCUUAACGACGGGCAUAGUAGCUGGCACGUCGAGCUGGAAUGUCGACUCAGCGCCUUCCAAUCCUCCCCACGACUUGAGUUGUUUUCUUGCAUCCUUAAUCGCUGCCCGCGUGGCACAGUGCACUGAUGCCGCCAGAAGCAGCGGCGGCUCUCCAGAAGCUGCACCAAAAAGACAGACUUGA